AGCAAAGGCUAGUGGAAUCAUAACCAGAUUUGUUAUAUAAAAGGUUUAAAUUUGGUGUUACCUCCUUGUGGUUUAUUGGUCUGAAUACUUUAUUUUUCUAUACUUUAAUGAGCUUAUUUGCAUCAUGGAUCUAGCUUAAGGUCAUGUGCCACUAUCUCAGGGUCAAUCUUCGAAGAAGAUUGAUUCAACAAAUUGCCUGGUUUAUGGCUAAACUAUUCUCUUAGCUCCAUGACUUUUCUGCCACAUAUUAAUGGAAAGAAAUAAGAAACUAAAGCUGAAACAAGUAUAUAGGAAAGAAUUGGUGUAUGUGAAGUUGUGACCUAGAAGCAAGAAAUACCAAGGAACUUAUGCAUUUAAAGAGAGGAGGAGAGGCAAAGCAACAAGACAAAAGGAGGGAAGGGCCUACAAAUGAUGGACCCCAUCAAAAUAUGUGGGGCCUGCUUUGGUCAAUUGAACAUAAAAGGGACAAGCUCUCAAGUCCCGAAGUGGGUCUCAACCAGUCAUAUGGAGCCAAGUACCCUUGAUACCUAAUUUCAUUUCUUGGUUUUUCCUUGCCUCAUGGUUUUUUGAUAAAGUCCUUGUCUCAUGGUUACUUUGCCUUGUAGGUUUUCCGUUCACCUUUUCUUAGUGCCCACUCCACCUAGCUCAGAGUUUUCUCCCUGUAUUCGCAACUUGAUCGAGCAAAAGCUGCACAAAUACCUCACUCUUCCUUCACUCUUCCUUCUAUAAAUACCCAUGAGAACCCACAGGACAAAGUCCAUGCCAAAAUACACCUCUUAAUCUCCUUAGAAAUCCAUACAACACCAUCUCUCUCUUUCAAAUUCAUUUAAUUGCAAAAACCACAACCGAUCUCUCUAACCCACCAGAACUCGACCAGCAUUCAUUUACAAACUCCACCUCUCCUACUCUCCAAGUCUUUUCUAUCUUUCCACUAUAUAAUGCGAGUAUACCAUCUCUGAAGAGAACCAAACAAACACAUUCUUCCCUAUAUUGAUCCACCAAAACACUUAACCUCUCCACUCCUUAAGCCUCUUCUUCCUUUAUCUAUUUCUUCACAGGGGUUGUCUAAUCCUACCCUAUCGAAGAUGAAGAACAGGGCUUCCACUUUCUUCAAACAGGUAGUCUCAAUUCUUGUAACAAUUGUUAGGACCAAGUCAAUGGCAGUGAAAAGCAAAACCAGUUCCCUGAAGACACGUCUCAUCAUCUUCGGCCUGUUUCGAAACAAGAAGCUCCUGAGGAGUGCAAUCUCUCACAAAAUUCAUGCACUGAUGGGCCAGGAGAAAGGCAGUGUAGGUGGUCAAGGACUUGAGGACUACAGCAAGGCAAUCGUGCUGUCUAAUGCAGCAGAAAAUGAGGUGCACACUGAAUCAAUGGAGUAUGAUGAAGAUGAUGACUAUCCUGACCUGACACACUCACUAUUCGACUUGAAUGAUGAUGGCAAUGAUGAUGAUCUUGUUGACCGUACGAGCUCAGUUAUUGAUCUGGUUAGAAAUUCUCGAGAUGAUGCUUCUGACUUCAACCUUGAGGAUGAGAUUGACCACGUCGCUGAUGUGUUCAUAAGGAGGUUCCAUAGGCAGAUAAAGUUGCAGAAGCAGGAGUCCAUCAGAAGGUACCAAGAAAUGCUGGAAAGGAGUAUUUAAGAGGAGACAGAAGGUGGUCGGUCACAAAUGAUUAGUUUAGCUAUCUUGGUGGGGCUUAAAGUAAAAAUCAUAAUCAAGUAGGUGCAUUCUGGUUGCAUUCUGGCUUUGAUAGAAUGAUGUAAAAAUCAUAAUCUGGCCUAAGAGUUUAGCCCAUUGAUCUUGAACCUUUUUCUUAUUAUUUUCCCUUCAUGGGCCUCUGUACAGAGCCCAUGCUAUAGGUUCAUAUUACUCCACAUGGAAUAAAG